CCGUGUUUGUGCGCGCUCGCGCGGAGGGAAACCGCGCUGCUACCUCUCCGAGCUCGCGGGAAUCAUGCUCGCGCAGGUGUGCGCGGUGCUGUGCGGGCUGGCGGCGCUCGCGCUGCUGGUCAGAGCCCGUUUUCCUGACUUCUGGUCGGAGGUGUUUUAUCUGAAGGACCUGCUGCUCGCGCUGGUCCGCGUUCUCUGGCGCCGGAGGCUCCGCCCCCCAUUCCUGGCCGUGGACCGGUUCGAGGAGCAGGUCGCGCGCCAGCCCGGCGGGACGUUCCUCGUGUUUGAGCGGGAAACGUUCAGCUACAGCGCCGCCGACAGGCGCAGUAACCGCAUUGCGCACGCGCUGCGGGCGCACUCGGCCCUGCGCGCGGGAGACACGGCGGCGCUCUUCCUGCCGAACGAGCCGGACUUCCUGUUCGCGUGGCUCGCGCUGGCCAAGCUGGGGUGCGCGGCCGCGCUGCUCAAUGACAACAUCCGGUCCGGCUCUCUGCUGCAUUGUUUCCGGUGCAGCGGCGCCAAGGUGCUGAUCACGAGCGCAGAGCUGCAGGGAGCAGUGCAGGAGAUCAUUGCACCUCUGAUUGAGGAUGAAGUGUGUGUGUUCGUGUUGGCGGCGGAGUGUGUGUCUGCACACAUGCAGAGUCUGACUGAGAAAGUGGAGAAUGUUCCAGACUCGCCCAUCCCUCGCUCACUACGAGCUACAGUCACAUUCAGCGACCCCGCAGUCUACAUUUGUACAUCUGGAACUACCGGUCUCCCUAAAGCAGCAGUGCUGAGUCAGAAUCGUCUCUUGGCUGCUCUGGCUGUGUUGGCGUCUAUAGGCGUGACAGGCAGUGAUGUCGUCUACGUGACCCUCCCACUUUACCACACAGCCGGCUUCCUCGUUGGCUUCAUCGCCUCUGUGGAGACAGGUUCCAAAAUAAUCCUAAAGAGGAAGUUCUCAGUGUCUCAGUUUUGGAAGGACUGCAGGAAGCACAACGUGACGGUGAUCCAGUACAUCGGAGAGACCAUGCGCUACCUCUGUAACACACCCAAGAUGGAGAAUGAUAAAGAGCACAGAGUGCGUCUGGCCAUUGGGAACGGCCUGAGAGCGGAUGUGUGGAAAGAAUUCCUUACCAGGUUUGGGAAGAUUAAAGUGAGAGAGUUUUAUGCGUCUACAGAGGGAAACGUGGGCUUCUUUAAUUACACGGGAAAGAUCGGAGCCGUCGGACGGGUCAGCUUCCUGCACAGAAAGCUGUUCCCAUUCGCUUUGAUUAAAUAUGACACAGAGAGAGAUGAACCCGUCAGAGACGCUAACGGCAGGUGCAUCAAGGUCUCUACAGGUGAAACUGGUCUCCUGGUGGUGAAGAUAACGAAGCUGGCUCCAUUUGUGGGCUAUGCGGGGAAUCCGGAGCAGACGGAGAAGAAGAGACUGCGGGAUGUUUUCCAGCCGGGAGAUGUUUACUUCAACAGUGGAGACCUGCUGAAGAUCGACCACAACAACUUCAUCUACUUCCAGGAUCGAGUCGGAGACACCUUCAGGUGGAAAGGAGAAAACGUCGCCACGACUGAAGUCUCAGACAUCAUCAGUCAGUUGGAUUUCAUUAAAGAGGGAAACAUUUACGGAGUUCAGGUUCCAGGUCAGGAGGGACGAGUCGGGAUGGCGGCAGUGACGAUAAAAGAGGGGGCGGAGUUUGACGGCACAAAAAUGUUCAACCACAUCACAAAACACCUACCAAGCUAUGCGCAACCACGCUUCCUACGAAUACAGAGCACGGUGGAGGUGACAGGGACGUUUAAGCAGGUGAAGAAGAAGCUGGUGGAGGAAGGUUUUGACCCCGCUGGAAUCUCGGAGCCGCUUUAUUUCCUGAGUGCGCAAGAGCGGAGAUACAUUCCUCUAACAGAACCCCUCUAUACCAGCAUCGCUACAGGCAGCGUCAGACUGUAACACAGAAAGCGCUCUGAUUACAGAUUAGAUUCACUGUACAGACGAUUUGAUAUUUUAACUUCAAGCGCAGGAAACCAUAAAUUGGUGUUCUUGCUAAUUGGUUUAAUCUUGCUCCCGGUGGCCUCCAAAUACGUGUACAAGGUACAUGCUGUGAAUAACUGUCCAAUGACAAACGAAUGGCUGAUGCAUUUUGCCAAAAAUUUCAGUGUAAACUGGACGGUCCUAAUUUUCGGUAAAGCUUAUCCAAAGCACAAAGCUGAAGCAGUUUGCCCCGCCCGAACAGCUUUAACCACACCAUGUUCUUCCACAGUCUCUUUUUUCAAGCCAGAGAAUCUUACAAUGAGAAAGUUUUCCAUGAAGUGAAAGCUGAAAGUAAAAGUUUACUGCUAAGUAAAAGCUAACCACCAAGCGAUAGUUUACUGCUAAGUAAAAGCUGACCACCAAGCGAAAGUUUACUGCUAAGUAAAAGCUAACCACCAAGCGAUAGUUUACUGCUAAGUAAAAGCUAACCACCAAGCGAUAGUUUACUGCUAAGUAAAAGCUGACCACCAAGCGAAAGUUUACUGCUAAGUAAAAGCUAACCACCAAGCGAUAGUUUACUGCUAAGUAAAAGCUGACCACCAAGCGAAAGUUUACUGCUAAGUAAAAGCUAACCACCAUUCAAAAGUUUACUGCUAAGUAAAAGCUAACCACCAAGCAAAAGUUUACUGCUAAGUAAAAGCUAACCACCAAGCGAUAGUUUACUGCUAAGUAAAAGCUAACCACCAAGCGAAAGUUUACUGCUAAGUAAAAGCUAACCACCAAGCGAUAGUUUACUGCUAAGUAAAAGCUAACCACCAAGCGAUAGUUUACUGCUAAGUAAAAGCUAACCACCAAGCGAUAGUUUACUGCUAAGUAAAAGCUGACCACCAAGCGAAAGUUUACUGCUAAGUAAAAGCUAACCACCAUUCAAAAGUUUACUGCUAAGUAAAAGCUAACCACCAAGCAAAAGUUUACUGCUAAGUAAAAGCUAACCACCAAGCGAUAGUUUACUGCUAAGUAAAAGCUAACCACC